AUGGCCACCACCUCCUCCUCUCUCCUCCAAUCUCUCCUCUUCUCCCUCAUCAUCCACAUCUCUCUCUCCACUCGCCUCCCCAUCCUCACUGACCCCACCACCAUCUCCACCUUCUCCACUGACUUCGGGCACCUCGUCACCUCCUCCCCCGCCGCAGAUCCUCCGCACCCCCUCCCCUCCGACCAAUCUCCACCGUCCUCCUCUCCUCCUUUCCACUCAGCCUACCGCAUUCCCCGUCUCCGCUCGCCGGCAAUAUGGCACCUCCGUGCACCGGCAGGCGUUAGGGUAACAGUGGUGGUCAACAGGAUUAGAGUGUUUGAUGACUAUGUUGAUGUUGGAGGAGAGCAGCUUUGGAUUGAUGUGUUGCUUGAGACGGUGAAGCACGGGCUCAGCCCGUGCUCUUGGACUGAUUAUUUGUACCUUACUGUUGGUGGCACGCUCUCCAAUGCGGGGAUCAGCGGCCAGGCGUUCCGGCACGGGCCGCAGAUCUCCAAUGUGCGUGAGUUGGAUGUUGUCACAGGGACAGGAGACAUAUUGACAUGUUCAAAGAAGAACAAUUCAGACCUCUUCUAUGCAGUCUUAGGAGGCCUCGGCCAGUUCGGCAUCAUAACUCGGGCUCGGAUCACAUUGCGACCGGCACCGAAACGAGCCCGUUGGGUUCGACUCAUCUAUGUAGACUUCGAAAAUUUCAUAAAAGACCAAGAAAAGCUUAUAUCAAUACUGGAGGAGGAUGACUUUGGGUUUGAUUAUGUUGAAGGGUCUCUUAUGAUGGAUCAAAGUUUAAGCUCAAAUUGGAGAUCUUCAUUUUUCUCUAUGGAGGAUGUAAAUAAAAUAAGCGAGCUUGGAGCAAAAUUUGGUGCAAUUUACUGCUUAGAAGGAUCUGUGUACUAUGAUGAUGGCUUGGGUACAGCAGCAACAACUUGGAUUGAUCAGGGAUUAGAAUUCUUGUACCAAGACUUAAACUUUGUUCCAGGAUUUGCAUUCACAAACGACGUAUCCUAUACAAGUUUUCUCAAUAGAGUCUACCACGGGGAGCUCAAGCUUCGCUCGAUGAACCUAUGGGAUGUCCCUCAUCCAUGGCUCAAUCUUUUUGUAGCCAAAUCCAAAAUAUUUGAAUUUAAUCAAGGAGUAUUCAAAGAAAUCCUCAAAUACAACAACUCGACGGGGCCAAUUCUCAUUUAUCCAAUGAAUAAGAACAAGUGGGAUGAGAGAAUGUCAGCAGUGAUACCCGAUGAAGAGAUUUUCUAUUCUAUAGGGCUACUGAGAUCAGCUACUAUCGAUAAUUGGAAGUCUUUGGAGAAUCAGAAUGAAGAGAUUCUGCGAUUUUGUGAGCAAGGGGGCAUAAAUUUCAAGCAAUAUUUGCCACAUUAUGGACAUGUUGACGAUUGGAAGAAGCAUUUUGGAUCAAAAUGGGAUAUGUUUGUAUCAAUGAAACGAAAAUAUGACCCAAAAGCGUUGUUAUCUCGAGGACAACUAAUAUUUACAUCCCCUCUUGCUCAACUUUCGCAAGAGUGAACAAGAGCAAACCUUAGCAACGAGUUAAUUAGAAUGGAAUGGUUAGUGUUUCUCUUAUCCACAUUUAUGAGAAGAAACAAAAGAGUCUUUAAAGGAAAAGGUUAGUAAAAGAACCUAGAAUGGAAAUGUGCAGGUCUAUGUCAAGUUGUUGAUCUGUCAAGAUCUCUUUGAUUAAUCGAGUGUAUGUACCAUUUGAAAAUCUAACGUAAGAUCUUGGCAUUGAUAACUUGAAAUGGUAGUUGACUUGUAAUAUAUUAAUUGUCUAUGACUAAAUUUAUGGCAAAGGUCUUUUGUUACAUACGCAAUAGAACAAAGAAGUGG